CUCCUCCUGAUUCCUAAACCUUCCGCCGCCGCCGCCUUGCGCUUGGCUGCGCCGCUGUAGCCGCCCAUCGAGCACGCAUCCCAGCCACCACCGACGCCAUGGGCGGAACGAAGCCCAACACAAAGGCGAGAACCAAUACCCUGACCCCCAGAGCAUCACGCGGCACCGGGAGGAGCCGCGGCCGGGGCAGGGGCAGGGGCGGGGCGGGGAGGCCCGGGGAGAAGCGCAGCCAGGGGCCUCAUCUCCCCAACAAGCUGCGCCGGGAGCUCGAGUCGCUGGGACCUGCCCGCGACCGGGGCUCCGACGACGACGACGACGACGAGGAUGAUGUGGUGGGCGAGGACGUGUACGAGUACGAGGAGGGGGUGCCCGAGGAGGAGGCGCGCAAGAACGACCGCUACGACGCCGUCGCCAAGUACGAGUACGACUUCGACAGCGACGGCUCCAAUGCGGACGAGGAUGUGCCUUCGGAUGAAGGCGAGGAUAUGGAAGAAGACGAUGACGGAGAUGUGGACGAGGAGAAGCAGAUAAGAAUACUCCAGGAAACGACAGGAAUGCCUAGAGAAGCCUUCGAUGGCAAUAGGAAGAAGAAGGAGAAGAAACAGGCACAGGAGCUGCUUUUGCAGCCUGGAGAUGGUCCGGUAACAAUUCAUGAUCUCUUGGAUAAUAUCCAGGAUAAGCCUGGGUAUAGCAAGAUACGUAAGAUGGUCCAGCAGCAGGAGAAAAAGCCAAUGGUCGUGCAGCCCCCACUUCCAAAAGGGCAGAGGGACAAGAUGGACCGUAGUGUGGCAUACGUCCUAUCCAAGAAGGAAAUCGGCAAGUGGGAGCGGAUAGUGAAGGACAACCGGGAAGCUGCCACACUUCGCUUUGAAAAUGAUUUGAACUUAGGUGUUGAUACUGUUGGGGCAAUUGCUAGCAAAUUUGAACCAAGGUCAUCGUUUGAGAAGCAGAUGGCCAGUGUGUUUAACAACACAGAAAUUAUGGAAGCACACAAGAAUGAUGGUGCUAAAAUCUUGGAACUUAACAAGAUGGAGGUGGAGGAUGUGAGAGAGCGCCAAAAUCGUCUUGCUAAAAUGCGCAGCCUUCUGUUUCGUCAUGAAACGAAAGCAAAACGCGUGAAGAAGAUUAAGUCCAGGACUUUCCACCGGUUGUUGAAGAAGGACAAACUGAAGGCAGCAGACUUGGAAGCAGAUCCUGAAGCUGCAAAAGACUCUGCUAAGAAACUAGAAUUUAAGCGUGCAGAGGAAAGGAUGACACUGAAGCACAAGAAUAAUUCGAAAUGGGCAAAGCGAAUCUUGAAGCGUGGUUUGUCUGUUCAAGACGAUGGCACUCGAGAUGCUAUUACAGCACAACUCCAACAACAUGCUCUUCUUACUAGAAAAAUGAAUUCCAUAAAAGAUGGAUCUAGUAGUAGUGAUGAAAGUUCUGAUGACGACGAUGAUGAUGAAGAAGAUGAAAGCAAAUUAGAAGCAAAGCUUCUGAACAGAGGGAAAGAAAAGAUUCGUAAAGUGAUUGAAGAAGAUAAUGAGAUUCCAAAGUCUGGAGUUUUUUCAUUGCCUUUCAUGGAGCGUGCUAUGAAAAAGCGUGCAGAUGCAACUUAUGAGGAAACACGGCUAGAUUAUGAAGAAUUGGAGGAAUCCUUAAGGAAAUUGGAGGAUGACAACACCGAGGAGAAUGUAGAUUCAAUGAAGGUGACAGGUAAAAGAACUUUUGGGCCUGUGAAAAGGGCACAUGAAGAGGCAAACAAGAGGCCAAAAUUAGGUGAUGCUGACAAGAACAGUGACAGUGAGUAUGACUCUGACUCUGGUCAACAUUUCGACAGCAGUGAAGUAAAUAAGAAGGCAGAAUAUGCGAAUAACAAGGCAGAUGAUGUCCAACUUGGGACUGCACUGCUCGACGAUGAACAACAGAAUGAUCUAUACGUUAGCUUUGAUGGUACUAGAAAAAGCCCAGGCCCAAAGACAGACAUUGAAGUUCGAAUGUUAGCGGAUAAUUCGUGGAAGAAGGUCAAAAAUAGCAAAACAAAUGGUGGUAACAAUAUUAAAGAGAGUGGCAAUAACUCCAAAGUGCAGAUCCCUUCUGUGGAUUCAAACCCUAAGCCUCACAAUUCUGAUUCAGAUUCUGAGGAAGAGAUGGUUGACGGUUUCUUGACUGUCUCUGAUGAAAAGGAAACUUAUGAACUUCCAUCGCAAGCUGAUCUUAUACGUCAAGCUUUUGCUGGUGAUGAUGUUGAAGCUGAGUUUGUGAAAGAUAAAGUGGAAGCUUUAAAUGAAGAAAAUCCUGAACCUGAAGAACCUGCACUUGUUCCUGGUUGGGGGCAGUGGACUCAUGUACAACAGAAAAGAGGACUUCCUUCAUGGAUGGUGAAAGAACAUGAAGAUGCCAAAAGGAAGAGGGAAGAAACCUUAAAGAGUAGGAAGGAUGCAAAGCUAAAACACGUUAUUAUUUCUGAACAUGUUGACAAGAAGGCUGAAAAACUUUUAGCAACGAAUCUUCCUUUCCCAUACACCUCAAAUGAUGUGUAUGAAAAUAGCAUGCGUAUGCCUCUUGGACCUGAUUUCAACCCAGCAAUAUCACUCUCUGCUCUUAACCGACCUGCGAUUGUGAAGAAGCCUGGUGUUGUUAUUAAGCCAAUACAGUACGGGGAAAUUGAUCCGCAUGAGAAGCCUGAUGAACUCAAGCGGGUCAUUCAGAGAGUAAAACCGAACCCGAACAUAAAGAAGGCGUCUGCGAAACAAGCGAAGAGGACAGCUUCACAUCGGAGGACUUGAUGAGACAGUAGUACCCAGUUAAUGUGGUGAGAGAUGCGCAUAACAGAAUGCGGACCUGGGUUUUCUUGCCAUGGCUAUUUUCAAACACUUGAGAAGUAUACAAAGAUUCUUCUCAUGGAGUCAAACGACAGCUUUGGUUUGGCUAUUGGAAGCGGGGGUUUUGGGGUGCCAUUGUUCACACACCUGUGCUGUAUUGAGAUUUGAAAUUUUGCAGCUGGUUCCUGCACCAGGGCCGAAAUAUGUUUGUACGCGGGAAGUCGCAAGUUAGUGUAGUGUUUUUUUCUAUGUGGUAUCUAUAUGUAGCACAAAAUUAAAGAGCACCGUUUGCUUCUCGUCUCGUCUGCUCCUAGAUUCAACAGGUCUUUCAUAGUAUGUAUUCUCAAAUCUUAAAGUUCGAAUACCAAUAUUUUCUACCUUUAAUUUA